AUGUCGCUAACUGGAAUACUAAUUGAUGUUUCUGGUUCUAUGCAGAGGAACAUUGGAAGCGGUACUGAUGAAGAAGGCGGACCAUGGGUGCAGUCUAUAUUCAAUGUUAUCGAUGACCUUAUUGACCAUGAUCUUACAUCUGAGAAUCGUGUUUUUGCAAUAGGCGUCGGUGCUGAAUGCCGUGGCAAAGAAAUAUUUGAUGUUAUUGGAACUCUUAACAGGCCUGCAACUGAAGACCAUAUCAACGAGAUCUUUGGUAUUCUCGAGAGAAACGGUGCACGCAACAUACGUAAAUGGGCCUGCAAUGUUAAACUGAUUCAAGAUGUACUAUCUUAUUAUAUGGCAACAUUGACUCUGCAAGAACUUAAGUCGGACGAACGGUUUGUCAAAAAAUUUGUGGACGAGUUUUUACCACCCAGUUGUCGUGAUACAGUACAAACAGCAUCUCAUGCUGGCGAUCAAUCCCGAACCCAGCAUUUCAAUCUGAGCGAGAGGACCGCAGAAUCAAUCCCGAUCUUUCUCGUUCCAAGAAUUGGCACAUCCACGAACCCAGACUUUCAUUUUCAAUCCAGAGAAGCGCAGAAUGAAAGCUGGGGUUCAUGGUUGGCCGGCGGCGUACAAUUUGGUCUACGUAUAGCAGCAAACAUGGCAGAGAAUGCUGCUGUAUCGGCAGUUAGUUGUAUUAGAUCAGCUACGAGAGAGGAAAUCGAAGAAGUUGUCAGAAAGGCAAAAUGCUAUUUAGAAGAUUCCUCUCGUGUUUUAAAAAAUGUAGAAACCUGCUCUAAAUUCAGCAUGAAAGAUGCCCCUCGUAUUUUAAAAGACGUAGGAAUCCACUCUAUAUUCACUGUGCAAGAUGCCUCCCGCAUUAUUCGUGGAUGCGUCGGUGAGAAGGGACUUAACGAACUUUCUAAAGAGCGGAAACAGGAGUUACUUGAAAACGUCGAGCCUUUCAUUUAUGGCGGAACGCCGUUGUCUGAAUCUCUCGAAAAGGCAAUAAAGCUUUUUGAAGGAGAUACGUCUAAGAACAAACUGCUUUUCGUGCUAUCAGAUGGAGAGCCUGCAGACGGCAGAAUUGGUGAUAUCGCCAAGAUCAACCAAAUUACUUCUGGACUAAAAAAAGCAGGCGUCAAAACAGUAUCCUGUUUUAUCACUAGCUCCACAGAUAUUCAUCCAAAACGUUUGUACGCUAAAAUGGAGGAAAGUUGGGAAAAUGGAGCCAAGUUUCUGUUUUCGUUAAGCUAUGAAAAAACAUCACAGCAUCUACAUCUAACACGAGCAAUUUUGAUCAAACGUGGUUGGACGAUCGACAUUGCCAACAAUGAAACAAAGUUGUUCAUGCAAGUCAAUCAUCCUGACAACUUAAGAUAUUAAGUUCAACAAGAACGUACUGCACGGUGGCAAACGGGGAAAGCACGAAUUGGUAAGGGGGAUCUGGGAAUCCUAUACCCCAGAAAAUUAAAACCGGUUCAAAAAUAGCCCACUAUGAAAAUUGAUGUACCAGUAAUAACUGAUAAUUUUCCCUGUAUACCAACGCCAUAAAUUUGUCAUCCCAACAUCUCAUCUGAGUCAUCUCUAAAUUCUAAACUAUGAAGACUUCAUUUCAGUAGUUAGACAAGAGCAUCAAGACACGCUUCUCAAUUAAGUUAUUCUUACUUGUUUUGCUUUCAUUUAAAAAUGGGCCUUCACUUGGGAGAGAGGGAAGGGGGAUUAAAUAGUUUAGCUCCAUGGGAACUGAGGGGACAUAUACAGAUUAUAUAGUGGCUCUUAAAAUUAGUCAUAGACGAUAAGUUAUGGGCACGCAGAAUUCUGACGUGUUUAUUUGAAAUUACUUUUAGGAAAGCAUGUGAAAUGGCCAAAAAUAUUGUCUGUAGUUCAGAAGCGUUAUCUAAAUUGCUGGUAUCUGUUGACCUCGACAUAUACAUCAGCCAAACCACUGAUGAGUUUAUACCGAAUAAACAACAGGGAGGAACCUGCUAUGCAAACGCAUCUGCUGCUGUGCUUCAUUUGGCAAUGCAACGAAUUCUCGGUCGAGAAGGCGGAUAUCCAGAUUUUCACAAGUUGAAAGAUGAAAUAAUCAAAGCCUAUGGAAUCGAUGGUGCUAAUGCCCGUAAAGUUUUAGAGGAAAUAUGCCCGAAGUAUCGUUUACAAAGCCAAAGCGUUUUGAUCAAGGGAGCGAUGGAAGCCAUUGUCAAGAAACGUCCUGUGGUAGCAAGAUUCCGUCUAACAGACGACGAACGGAAGGCUUUUUUCCCUGAGGACAUAAGUGGGGCGACAAUGGAUUCUUCAGAGUGCAAAAUGCAGAAGUACUCCAACUGGAAUUUUUCGACAUUUACUGGACGUUGA